AUGUCGUCUCAAGCUCUCUCGGACGACCAGGUCGCUUCCGAGUUGAAGAAGAUGACUGCCUUCAUUCGUCAAGAAGCCCUCGAGAAAGCUCGAGAGAUUCAACUCAAAGCCGACGAGGAGUUCGCUAUUGAAAAGUCCAAGCUUGUUCGUGAGGAGAUUGCCGCCAUCGACAGUCAGUACGAGAAGAAAUUCAAGCAGGCCUCCAUGUCACAACAGAUUACUCGCUCUACCACCGCCAACAAGACCCGCAUAAAGGUCCUCUCCGCCCGUCAAGCUUUGCUAGACAAGCUGUUCGAAAAUGCACGGAAGAAGCUAAGCGAUGCUGCUACAAAGAGUGGAAACUAUGAGGAGAUCUUGAAGGGUUUGAUCCUCGAAGGGUUGUAUAUCCUUGCGGAGAGAAAAGUCAGCCUCAGAGUAAGGAAGGCCGACAAGGACAAGGCUCAAUCAGCCAGCAAGAAGGCUGCUGAAGAGUACAAGAAGAAUUUUGGGAGCGAAGUUGAAGUUACAAUUGACGAGAAGAAUUGGUUACCUCAAGAUUCGGCUGGAGGCGUCUUCCUCUACGGUAGCGGCGGCAAGAUCGAACUCAACAAUACUUUCGAAGAGAGGUUGCGCAUGCUUGAAACGGACGCUCUACCUAGCAUUAGAGCUACACUCUUUGGAGAGAACCAGAACAGGAAAUUCCGCGACUGA